CAAAAAUUUCGGUUCCCCCAAAAAGUUGGCGCGAUAUUUACAGUUGGCAGUGGUCGGCGGUGUUGUUGUUAAAGGCUCGCUUUAAAACGGUUCAAAAUUUAACUUAUAAAACAAUGAUAUUUAGCCAAGACUAUCAACGGUCGGUAGAAGAUGUUCAUACGAUUGUCAGAUAUGCGAAACUUGAUAACAACAACCUUACCAACAUCUCUCAAGCAAUCUACUAUCCCCAUGAAGAUACUCCCGAGGAUAUGGUCAAUCUGAAGCUUCUGGAGGCAGAUGAUCACAUUCUAGAGCAAAUUAGCUCAGGGAGUUCGGUUUCUUUCAAAGGUGCACUCAAUGAAAAAGUGGUGCUCUGUACCGAGUCCAGGACCUAUGAACUAAAAGAGGCUGAAAUAUCAAAUAGUUUGCUUCUGGUACCGAAGUUGAAGCAUGCUCAAGCCACUAGUCGAUCACCGAUUAAAAGUCCCAAGGGUGGAGUGAACACUUCGUUAGAUAGUAGCACUGAGGAGACGGAAGAAUUGGUCGACAGUGUUGAUGAAAUUGAACGGAAAGAUGUGGUUAAGGUGUUUCACGAUUACUUUGAAUGUCGGCAGGUCAAGCCGAAAUAUAGGAAAAUUAUUGAUCUGCUACGAUUGACAAAAUAUUCGGGACCGGAGAAUGAGCAUCUGGUGGAUCGAUCAUUGCUAUUUCGCUUCAAUCAGCUGCUGGAUACGGUUCAAUGUAGCAAGAAUGAGUUUGAGGAAGGGUUGAAGAAAUACCGAGCCAUAGAGAUAGAAGACCGGAUAAGGAUGCUGGACAAUGAGUACGAGUAUCGCGUUAUUACUUUGAUGCUGGCGUUCAUUGGGGAGAAUUCUUGGAAGUUGGAUGAAAUUGAUAAGGCAACCACCAUAGAAGCUCUCGAAGGAAUUGUCCCGUACGAAAUAGUUGAUGGAAUUUUUGAUGUGUUUACGGAGAAAAGUGAACGAGUCCCGGAACGAUUCCGGUAUCGUGAAGAGCUAGUUUGCGCUUUGUUCGCCGAGAAAAUUUUACAGCAAGGAUUGAAGUUUCACAUUGAGGAGUUUCUGAGCACCUGGCAGGAAACUUUACCUGAAGGGUUCAAAGUCGACGAAAAGUAUUUGCGUGGUAUCGGCAUAAUCGAUCGAGAUGGAAAUGUUCCAUGCGUUCGGGGUUUGAACGAAGCUGAUUUGCCGAUGAAUUUACUCAUUCGACUGACUACGUUGUUCAGAACCAAGGAACGAUGGAAUCUUGAGCAAAUCGAACCUUACAUUGAAUGCUUUACGACCCCCAGCCUUGGAGUGACAUCGAUUCUGGCCAAACACACGCGCUCGCUCGUCGUCAACGGCGUGCGAAUAUACGUUUCAAAACACUGAUGCUAUCAUCCAAGGAUCUGUUCUUUUGUUCUACUUCGAAUAAAAUAAAUAUGUUAGUGCUUUUAUGUAACGAAAAUUGAAAA